UUUUGCCCCUUUUCCCUAAACAAGAAUCAUCCUCUAACAUUCUGCUAAUACCUCUGUAUUAAGUUUAUUACAAAACCCAAUCAGUGUUAAAAUCUUGAACGGUUGAACCCAAUCGGUUUUCUUGUAGCUGUACCGAUUCAAAGCACCCCCCCGGCCUCCACAAUCAGAUCAUCCUCUUCCUCGGACGUUGCUUCCCAUCGGCAAAGCAAUCUCGCCGCACUAAGAACCCUACGCGAAUAAGUCUCGCGCGUCACUGUUCAAGAAAAAGUUGAAUUAGUUCAAGAUUCAAUCGCUGCUCGUCUAAAAAAAUAAAGCAGCCAGCGACUUCUAACCCCUUCAGGCGACGUACCCAUCUUACUUUGAACGAUUUGAGGGAGCAUCGUACAUAGUUGUUCUGUUAGCCUAAUAUUGUUAUGACCGACUCAAGGUCUGAAAGGAGUCGUGAAAUGAGAGAUGGGGAGAAAGAGGACAAGGAUGUGUUGAAAGAUCGGCUGCUCACUAGAGAAAGAAGGAAGGGAGACAGAGAUGAUCCAGAAAAGGAAAAGACAAAAGACAGGGUUCGAGAAAAAGAUAAUGACAGGGACAGGCACAAAGACAAAGAGAGAGAUAGAGGAAGCGAGAAAGAUCGUAGGCAUCAUGAAAAGGACAAAGAUAAGGACAAGGAGAGGAUGAAAGAUAGAGAAAAAGACAAAAGCAGGGACAAAGACAAGGAUAGAGAUAGGGACAAGGAGAGGGUGAAGGAUAGAGAAAGAGAAAAGGAGAAGGAUAGAGAAAGAGAAAAGGAGAAGGAUAGAGAGAAACAGAGAGAAAGGGAAAGCGGAAGGGAUUAUGAUAGAGUGAGAAGUAAAGAUGCAAAUGAAAAAGAAAAAGGAAAACAUAGAGCUAGGGAUCAUGAAAGGCAGAAGUCCAGAGACACAGAUGGAAGCAUUCGGAAACUACACGAUGAGGAUCAUAAUAGGAGGAUGGAUAUGGGAAAAGAUGAGGUGUCAAGGUUCAAUGGUAAAGAUGGUGAUGAUGGGGACUUCUCUGAACAUGAUAAGGCAGCCCUAGCUGAUGAUGAUAAUAUCAAGAUGUCUUUUAUGAGGGAUGGACCUGUUGGAUCGCAAGCUUCUGUUUCAGAACUGGAGGAGCGCAUUUUGAAGAUGAAGGAAGAGAGGCUGAAGAAAAAAUCAGAUGGUGCCUCUGAGAUUUUAGGAUGGGUUAAUAAGAGUCGCAAGAUCGAGGAGAAAAAGAAGGCUGACAAGGCUAAAGCCUUGCAGCUCUUUAAGAUGUUUGAAGAGCAGGAUAAAAUUGAUCAAGACGACGACGACGUUGAAGAAACAAACCAUCGAUCUGCUGAUGAGCUGGGCGGGGCAAAGGUUCUCCAUGGGCUUGACAAAGUGCUUGCAGGGGGUUCAGUUAUCUUAACACUCAAAGAUCAGAGCAUACUUUCUGGUGAUGACAUAAAUCAAGAGGUUGAUAUGCUUGAAAAUGUCGAAAUUGGAGAGCAGAAGCGGAGGGAUGAUGCAUAUAAGGCUGGAAAGAAGAAAACAGGAAUAUAUGAUCAGAUUGAUGAGCCUGGUUCUGAAAAGAAUAUGCUUCCCCAAUAUGACGAUCCGAUGGAGGAGGAGAGCGUGGCUCUUGAUGAGACUGGACGUUUCAGUGGUGAUGCAGCAAAGAAACUGGAAGAGCUCCGGAGAAGAAUUCAGGGGGUUACCACAAAAAGCUAUGCUGAAGAUCUCAAUUCUUCUAGCAGAGUAUUGACAGAUUAUUAUACUCAUGAAGAAAUGCUUCAAUUUAAGAAGCCCAAGAAAAAGAAAUCACUAAGAAAGAAAGAGAAGCUGGACAUAAAUGCCCUUGAAGCAGAGGCUAUUUCUACUGGAUUGGGUUCCGCGGAUCUUGGUUCUCGGAAUGACAAGACAAGGCAACACCUGAAGGAGGAGGAUGAGAGAGCAGAGGCUGAGAAGCGAGACAAGGCAUACAAGUUUGCAUAUGAAAAGGCUCAAGAAGCAUCUAAAGCACUUCGACCUGAGUACAAUCUUACUUCUAAGGAAGAGGAAGAUGAUGAUAUUGUGUUUGAUGAUGACGAUGAUGAGGAGCUUAGAAAAUCAUUGGAAAGGGCAAGAAAAUUAGCUCUGAGAACUCAAGAGGAGGUUGUUAAAUCUGUACCAGAGACCAUUGCUUUGCUUGCUUCCACUUUGAAUGAAAACAAUUCUACUGUAGAUAAUAAUAACCAUGACUCUGGGGACUUGCAAGAGAAUAAGGUUGUCUUCACAGAAAUGGAAGAGUUUGUUUGGGGCCUUCAGCUUGAUGAAGAUUCAAAUAAACCGGGUGAUGAGGAUGUUUUCAUGGAAGAAGAUGUUAUACCCAAUUCUCCGGAUAAAGCAUCUAUAGAUGAGGACGGUGGCUGGUCUGAGGUGAAAGAAGUCACGGAAAAAGAAACGGACUUACAGAAAGAGGAUGAGGAGAAGACAGUUCCAGAUGACACAAUACAUGAAGCUGCUGUCGGGAAGGGGUUAUCUGGAGCUCUCAAACUCCUGAAAGAUCGAGGAUCACUCAAGGAAACAAUCGAAUGGGGUGGUCGAAACAUGGACAAGAAGAAAAGUAAGCUUGCCGGUAUUAUUGAUGAGGAGGGGCCUAAAGAAAUACACAUUGAAAGGACCGAUGAAUAUGGUCGAAUUUUGACUCCAAAAGAGGCAUUUCGACAGCUGUCCCAUAAAUUUCAUGGAAAGGGACCCGGCAAAUCAAAACAAGAAAAACGCAUGCGACAAUAUCAAGAGGAGCUAAAGAUUAAACAAAUGAAAAAUUCAGACACACCAUCGCAGUCGGUGGAGAGAAUGAGGGAAGCUCAAGAAAAGCUAAAGACACCUUAUUUGGUCCUAAGUGGAAAUGUUAAACCCGGGCAAACUAGUGAUCCCAGAAGUGGUUUUGCAACUGUUGAGAAGGACUUUCCUGGAAGUUUAACACCCAUGCUUGGUGAUAAAAAGGUUGAACACUUUUUGGGCAUAAAGAGGAAACCUGAGCUGGGCGGGGACUCUGCCUUGCAAAAGAAACCCAGAAACUGAUUGGCCAGUGUUUUUAAAGGCCAAAAUUGUAAUGUUUUCUGCAAUGAAUGAUACUCUCUAGCUCUGGGUUUUACUUGUUGAAGGUCACCGAUUACCAAGGCUCCGUUGUAAAAUUUAUGGAUGCUUAAACCCUAAACCCAUAAGAUAUGCAUGCAAAACAUAUGAGUUGCCCCUACCACUAACCUAAUAAUAAGUAACAAAUUAGUGAUUCAUAAGCUGUACCCAUAAUUUGUUCAACCAUGCAAACAAUCCUUAAACCAGAUAAACUCAUCCACCUUAAUCCUAAAUUCAUCCAACACUAGGUUUAUAGAUAUAUAUACAUGCCAAGAAAAUAAACUGCUCCACUGGAUAGCCCCACCUUUAUCAGGAAUAUACAACAAGAAAUUAACAAGUAUGAAAGCAGCAGCAUUGAUCUUCUCUGUUGUGUUCCUCCUCCAUUCACUUGAGGCCAUAACAGAGAGCCAUUGGAGUAGAAAGCCGGUCAGCGCGGUUUGUGCAUCCCAGAUCACUCUGGUCAACCAUGCAUGUUCUUUUCUUAUCAUCAACCCGAGCCCUCCGCCCGGUUCUGUUGGGGGGCAACACCACCACCGCAGCAGGACACAUCACGGCCACCACCACCAUUCCCCGGAGGAAGAGAUUUGCUGCAGAUGGUUGAAGGAGGUGGAUGACCAGUGCGUUUGUGACAUGCUAGUCAGUUUGCCUCCUUUUCUCGCUAGGCCUCUGCACCAGUUCACUGUCCAGGUCGGCGAUUCUUGCUUCCAGACCUACCGGUGCGGUACUCCCAUGAUCAGGAUGGAUUAAUUAUACGGAGUAGUAUACUUCGUAUAUAAUAAAUUGAAGUUAAUGAAAUUAAGUUAUUGAAAUUUGUAUACUUGCAUGCAUACGUGCUUGCAUGUGUCUGGAACCGAUCAUUAUGUACGUAUAGUAGUGUGAUGGGCAAAGCAAAGAAAAUUUGAAGGUCAUCUUAGUGGUUUCCAGUUACUAAAUACUUGGAUGGUUUGAAUAUUGGAUACGAAUGUAACAGAGUUACCAUGGUAAUACACACAUUUUAAUUUGUC